AUGACCAAUACUCGAGCGUUCAGUGCCCCUGGUAAAGCCUUAUUAGCUGGUGGGUACCUAGUCCUGGAUCCUCAAUACCGUUCAUAUGUGGUAGCGCUGUCUUCUCGAAUGCAUGGUGUUGUGAGAAGAAAGACGAGCAACAGCGAAAGCUGGUUUAUAGUCACCGUGAGAAGCACACAAUUCAAUGGCGAUGAAUGGAAUUACAAAGUUUCUAAACCUGCAGGUUAUGAAGUAUACGAGGUUAAUGGUCUGAGAAAUCCAUUUGCCGAACAGGUUGUGAAGGUAGUAGUGAGCUAUUGCCAACCUAAUGUAUUGAACAUGUCGGAUGUGGCCGUGGAAAUCUACUCAGAUCCAGGAUAUCAUUCAGUAGGCGAAAGUAAGCUCAAGAAGAAUGAAGAGAAGCAGUUUCGAUUCCAUGACAGUACCAUCACCGAAGUUCCGAAGACUGGGCUUGGAUCAUCGGCAGGCUUGGUGACCGUUUUGACUACUUGCUUACUAUCAGUGUUUUGUCGAGGACUCGAUGUAGGCUCUGAGAAAGAUCUGGGAAUCAUACACAAUAUAUCCCAGAUUGCGCACUGUCAAGCGCAAGGCAAAGUUGGAAGCGGAUUUGAUGUGGCAGCAGCCGUUUUCGGCUCUAUCAUAUACCAGAGAUUCGAUGCAAAGCUGAUAGAAAAUUUGCCAACGAGUCAAUCAAGAGACUAUGAUGCUGCUCUUCGGGAUCUAAUUGAUACGACUAAUUGGAAUUUCACCCAUGAUAAUAUCACAUUACCUAGCGGCAUACGCUUAAUAAUGGGUGACGUGAGUAGUGGCUCUGAAACAACGAAACUUGUAGCUAAAGUCAAGACUUGGUAUAAUGAAAACUACCCAAGAAGCUUGAACGUAUAUCGGGAAAUAAACGACGGGAAUAGUAAGUUCAUUGACGGUAUCGAAAAGCUGACAGAGCUAUCAAAAAAAGACCCCUUAUCUUAUGAGAGCUUACUCAAGGCGUUAGACUCAGGUAGUGACACCAAAGCCAUUCCUGUUAUCUCGCAAAUUAGACAGGCGAUUGAUCAGGUUAGGCGCAACUUCCAACUCAUGACUCAGGAAUCCGGCGCUGAUAUCGAACCACCCGUUCAAACUGAACUCUUGAACCAAUCCAUGCAGCUGAAAGGCGUGCUAACUGGUGUCGUACCUGGCGCAGGAGGGUAUGACGCGAUUGCUUUAGUCACUACGGAGUCUGCAAACAUCCCAAGCCAAACCCUUAACAACGAAAGAUUUUCAGCCGUAACUUGGUUGGACUUGCGCCAAGAAAACAUUGGUGUUAUAGAAGAAAAUCCCUUGCAUUACGAAGGCUUGCAGUAA